AAUAGAAGAGUAAAUAAAUUUUUAACAUCUCAAAUUUUUAAUCAUAAAAUUCAAAGAAUAUUCAAUAAGAAAGUAUUAAUUGAAAAUAUUUAAAAAAUAAUAUCUCUUUUAAUGAGCAAAAAAAGCGUAAAUGUAGAAUAAUUUGACCAGAAUUACUAUUUCUUUUGUAAUAGACCUGAAACUGUUGUUCCUGAUUCAUAUGAAUUAUUUUUAUUUUAUGAUGCUUACUUUUUUUAGAAUAGAUUAGAAGCUUGUGAAAUUAAGUGGAGCAAAAGAAUGACCUCAUGUGCUGGUACUUGCAAACACUCUUCAUACAAUAGUUGCACAAUAACUUUGAGUGAAUCUUUAUUGUAAUAUAGAAAUUCAAAUGAGCUUAAAGAAACUUUAUUGCAUGAAAUGAUUCAUGCAUUUUUAUUUUUGACAAAUCCUAAGGCAUGCUUAACUGAAGGAGGACAUGGUGAAGAAUUUAAGAGUUUAAUGAACUUUAUCAAUUCAGUUACUGGAUUAAAUAUAACAGUAUAUCAUAGUUUUAUAGAUGAAGUAGAGUCUUUUAGAGUCCAUGUUUGGAAAUGCAACGGACCUUGCUAAAAUUCACCUCCUUAUUUUGGAAUUUGCAAGAGAUAAAUGAACAGACCACCUCAAAAAAGCGACUUUUGGUUUGAAAGCCAUUAAAAAAAUUGUGGAGGGUAAUUUAUUAAAAUAGAUGGUCCAGAAUUUGGAGAUGAUGGAAAACCUGAUCCUUCUAAACAAGCAGUAAAAAAGACAAAAAAGGAUAAAAGCGAGGAAUCAAAUACAAAGAGUGUUCAAAAUAAAAGAAAGUAAAAGAAAAACGAAGCUAAAGUAGAUAAUUUAUAAUCCUUAAUAAGUAGAUACUUGAUAUCUGACACUGAAAAAGCGAAUGAAGGCUCAACAAACAAAGAAUUUACAUAAAAAAAUUCUAAUUUAGUUGAGCAGUAUAAAAAACCUUAAUUUUAGGAUAGUAUAAGUGGAAAUUACGAAUUAGGAAAUAACCUUCCAAGCUCUAAUCAAAUUAUAUUCAAUUAAAAUUCUUAAUAAUAAAUAAAAAGUAACCCGUAAUUUAAAACAAUAUAAAAAUAGAAUUCAUCUAAUGAUGAGUUUUCUCUUGAAUAGUUUGCUUUUCAUAAAAAAGGUAGGACUUAAAAUAGUAUUUCUAACAUAUAUGAAUUUAACUCAAACAAUGACAAUAGUAAAAACAAUUUAUUGUAAAAUUUGACAUCAUUAUAAUAAAAUAAUUAAAAGUUUUAAUAAUAAGAAGAAAAUAUUUUAUAAGGAUAACAAAAUAAUCCAAAAUAAUUUCAAUAUAAAAACUAUUUUGUUAAAUAAAAUGAAAUAUAAUAAAAAAAUAAUAGUUAAAACAUUCAAAUUUAAAAAAAUUAAGAUUCAUCUGAUUCCUCUCUCGAGUCUGAAGAAAGUAUGGGAUUUUUAUAGUAACUGAUUAAUAAAUAGAACUCUCAAUAAUAAAUAUCAUAUAAGUUUAAUGCAAAUAAUGUAUAAAUGAAAAAUGAUGAUUUACAGCAAUAGUAAUAAUCUAGUUAGUUAUGCUAAAAUAAUAGUUUAGAGGACAGCCUAGAAAAACAAUUAAGUGAUUAAAUUAUAGAAAAUGAUUAAUUUCUUAGUCAGGUUAAAAUACAAGUUGCUUUUUCAAGAGACAAAUCUUUUAGCAAAGAUAUAUAUUUUAUUUAUUUAAUUAAUACUAGCUAUUUUCUGAUUGAUAUAUCUGAUUUGUUGUAAAAAAUAUACAAUUUAGAUGAAAAAGUUUAUUCUCUUAAAAAUGUAAUAUAAGAAAAAGAUGGAUAAGAUUUUAAGAUAGAAAACUACCCAAAUUUUUAGCUAAAUAAAUUCGAUGAGAAUUACCAAAUUUUAUUUGAUUAUGGAAAUUUAAAAAUAUAUUUUAAAGAACUAAAAAAUAUAAACUUGAAAACAUAAAAUCCCAUCUCUAAAGUAUUUAAAGAUGCUAUUUACAAGCCUUAAUUAUAGCAACAGGUUAAUUUAUAAAACAAAUGA